ACCUCUAAUUUUUGUUCCAGCUCUAAAGCCGACGAUUCUACGUCAAAAGCUAAGGAAAUAAGUUUAUUUAACGACAAAAAAAGGGAUUUACAAUGGCAGCCAAGGCAGCGUUACCCUUGCAGAUGUUUGGACGGCGUCUCGUCCAGCUGAGGUCAUCGGUCACCGCGCAGAAUAUGAGCGCCUUGCGAUUGUACAGUACAGAAAAACAGCCGGAAGAAGCGUCGGCGGCAGGAGCAGCUGAGCCCAAGACCCCCGCAUCCUCGCCAGAACUGGAGAAACUGACCAAGGACCUGGCCGCCGCCAAGGAGCAGAAUGCCGAGCUUCUGGACAAGUACAAGCGAUCCCUCGCCGACAGCGAGAACAUGCGCAACCGACUGAACAAACAGAUCAGCGACGCCAAGAUCUUCGGCAUCCAGAGCUUCUGCAAGGACCUGCUCGAGGUGGCGGACACCCUGGGACAUGCCACACAGGCGGUGCCCAAGGAUAAGCUUAGCGGGAAUGCUGAUUUGAAGAACCUUUACGAGGGCCUCACCAUGACACGCGCCUCGCUGUUGCAAGUGUUCAAGCGACAUGGUUUGGAACCGCUGGACCCCAUCAACCAGAAGUUCGACCCCAACCAGCACGAAGCUCUGUUCCAGAAGGAGGACAAGACCGUCGAGGCCAACACCGUGGUGGAGGUCACUAAGCUGGGCUACAAACUACACGAGCGCUGCAUACGUCCCGCCUUGGUGGGCGUGUCCAAGUGUUGAUAGCGAGGCGGCUGCCCACCGGCAUGCAAAAUUCCCAGUACUCCCCCUUAUCCCCGUUUACAUGGUGUCGCUCUCAGUUGUUUGCAAUUUGUUUUCUGCUGCAAAAUUCAUGUACGUCAACCCUGUGUAAAUACAACCAAUCCUCAAAAUGCAUCCUUCGGGCAGCGCUUGCGAAUUUAGAAUUCCUCCUAGUUUCUAAGAGAUCUGUGACUGGAUUUGAUGGCCACAAUUUGUACCACAUGCGUUGCCAUCGAGUGUUCCAAUUUAAGGUUUAAUUACGAUAAUAAAAACAUGUGUUAGUUUGUUGAAA